AUGACAACUGAAAACACCGGCGAAGCUAGCGAAACGCCGAGACAUCCAAUCAGAUCCAUGAUGUCGUUGAAACCAGACAUCACUCCCAUUACCACAUCAUAUAAGUCGACAACCGUCGUGACUAAUGCGCUGCAUUUCGGUGGCCCAAUGAAGAUCAGCACCCCGAUGAGUGAACUUUGGAGGCCAAGAAUGGAAGAACUGAUACCUUUUACCAAUACGCCGCCGCAAAAUUUUCCAUUAAACAACCAUCAAGUGACAUCGAUUCUCAGCAACAUAACACCGCCGAUAGUACAAACCACUGUUGGAACAUUCACUUUCAUACAAACGCCACCUCCGCCGGUAAACCAAGUUGUCGGUGAACAAACCACCACCCUCCAUGCAACCUCAUCCACAACAACCACACCACUCUCUACGCCAUUACAACAAUUUCCACCAUUCACAACAAACCAACUAUUCUCAACAAACCAACCAUUCUCAACAAACCAAAUGUUAACAACGAGCCCUCUAUUCACAACAAACCCGCCACUUACCUUCCCACUCCGACCUUAA